AUGCCAACGCUUACGCGGGACGUGUACAUUCGCAUCGCGCCGCCGGGGCACCAUGGCCGACGCAUCAACUGCAAAGGCUGCACCGCCUACACGCCGUCGUGUGAUGCCUGCGUCAAGAAGCGAAAGCGCGCCAAGCUCAAGGCCGCACGGCAGCGCAAGAUGAUCUGGAACGUCGACUCGCUCAACCCGCGCUGGGACAUUCCGCGCCAAGUCAAAGCCGAGCUACCGCGCCUCGUUCUCGAAAAGAGUGUCGGGAUCACCCCCCUCGACGUCUUCUUGCAGUGCUCGGGCCUGACACUGCCCCCGCCGCCAUCCGAUAUGUCCUUCUCGACGACCAAGCACUUGCUCUCGGCACCCAAUGCGGCGCUAACAGUCGGCAGUGUCAAGUCAUGGGAGAUGAACCCGCUGUCCGUCGACGAGCAAAACAACUACUUUGGUGCGACGGGGCGGCGCGAGCUCAAGCAAAUCUACUCCAAAAUGGCGUCGCAGCAGUACCUGCAAAUGGAUGGUACGGACGGCCUUGUCGACAAGUUCAAAAGCAUGCUCGCGUCGCAAAGCGAGCCGUCGCCAGAUCCCAUUGGCAUGUUCAACGCCCGAGAGGCGCUCACGGCCCGGCACAAGUUUGUGUCCAUGUGUUUGGAGCACGAGUUGCCACCGUGCCUUCGGCUCAUUAUCCGCAACAAGAUUUCACCCGAAAUCAACGUGUCGCACAUGUCGAUGGGCGAUGAAUUGGCCAAAAUUUUCAGCACUUGUCUCGUCGAGCUACCUAUGGUGCUGUCGCUCAACGCGCGCAACAAUCGGCUCACAGAUCCAGGGCUCCAAGCCCUCGUCAAUGUGGUUCGCAGCAAGCCCGAUUUGGUCUCGCUCGACUUGUCCGAGAACAAGGUGGACGGUGACGCCGCAGUGGCACUCGCCGAGUACCUCGGGAGCGCACAUUGCGGCCUCACGACACUGAUUCUGAGCACAUGCGAUAUCG